UUGCCGCGUUCGGUUGUGUAAGUGUAUCGCGAGUGAUGUCGCAGCAUGAUUGGUGUGCGUACCUUGUUGUGGUGUUUGUUAUUCGGCGCCCUCGCUGCUUACGCCAGCGCCGCCCGCGCCCAUCGCCUUCACCACGUUGUUCCUGCACGACAUAAACAUUCGGAAUUCGUUAAGGGCAAGAUAUGUAUCGGCACAAACGGUCGGAUGUCAGUACCUUCGAAUCGCGACACACACUACAGAAACUUGCGGGACAGAUUCACCAAUUGUACUUACGUUGACGGCAACCUUGAACUUACUUGGUUGGAAAAUGAAACAAUGGAUUUGUCUUUUCUCCAACACAUACGAGAAGUUACCGGCUAUGUGCUUAUUUCGUAUGUUAAGGUAGCACACAUCGUUUUGCCACAACUGCAAAUUAUUAGAGGAAGAACACUUUUCAAAUUGAAUGUAAGAGACGAGGAAUUUGCUCUUUUGGUAACGAUGUCUUCAGCUUUCACACUUGAACUUCCCGCCCUAAGAGACGUUCUAAGGGGCAGUGUUGGCAUUUAUAAUAAUUACAACUUAUGCCACGUUAAAACCAUAAAUUGGGAUGAAAUCAUUACAGGAGUAAAUGCUUCAUAUGUAUUUGUUUAUAAAUUUAAAGUUCCUGAGAGGGAAUGUCCAGCAUGCCACCCUAGCUGCGAGUUGGGUUGCUGGGGAGAUGGCCCUCACAACUGUCAAAAAUUUUCUAAAAUAAACUGCAGUCCUCAAUGCGAUCAAGGUAGAUGUUUUGGUCCGAAUCCUCGAGAUUGCUGUAACACUUUCUGUGCCGGUGGUUGUACCGGUCCUUUACCGAGCCAGUGUCUUGCCUGCAGAAAUUUCUACGACGAAGGAACAUGCUCACAAGAAUGUCCACAAAUGCAAAAGUACAAUCCUACAACAUAUUCUUGGGAACCAAAUCCUAAUGGAAAAUACGCAUAUGGUGCUACGUGUGUAAGGAACUGCCCAGAGCACCUUUUGAAAGAUAACGGUGCAUGCGUAAGAAGUUGCCCGCCUAACAAAACAGCAGUUAAUGGCGAAUGUAUUCCUUGUAAUGUGACUUGCCCGAAGACUUGUCGUGCGGAGAGACCGAUACACUCAGGAAAUAUAGAAAGUUUUAAAGACUGUACCAUUAUAGAUGGUUCUAUCGAAAUUCUAGAAAUGACAUUUACUGGUUUCCAACAUGUUAAUCCGGAUUAUUCAUUUGGAGAAAGAUAUGCGAAAAUGGAACCCGAUGCGUUAGAGAUUUUCAGCACAGUACGGGAAGUGACAGGAUAUCUGAAUGUACAAGCGCAUCACCCGAAUUUCACCAGCCUCUCGUAUUUUAGAAAUUUAGAAGUGAUUGGAGGUCGGCAAGUUGUAGAAAAUCUGUUUGCAUCUCUAUAUAUUGUUAAGACUUCUUUGAAAUCGCUUGGAUUGAAGUCAUUGAAAAAAGUUAAUUCGGGGGCAAUUGCUAUAAUGGAAAAUAGGCAUUUAUGUUUUGCUGAUAAGAUUGCAUGGAACAAGCUCGUGAAAUCAAAGGACCACAAGCAAAUAAUUCAGAAAAAUGGAGAUAUUCAGAACUGUGAAAAAGCAAAUAUGGUUUGCGACCCACAAUGUUCUUCGGAUGGUUGCUGGGGUCCAGGACCCGACCAAUGUCUUUCCUGUCAAAACUACAAAUUUGGCGAUAUCUGUAUCCAAAACUGCAGUGUUCAUCCUGGACUUUACCAAUCGGGUACAAAAAUUUGCAAGCAGUGUCAUUCUGAAUGCCUUGAUGGAUGCUCAGGCCCCAGUCGUGCCAACUGCUCGAAGUGUAAACACGUACGCGAUGGACCUUACUGUGUAGCAGAGUGUCCAGACUCGAGGUACCCAUCAGAAAAUGGCACUUGUCAACCUUGUCAUGCUAACUGUUUUAAUGGAUGUACAGGACCAGAAAACACCGUUGGCAUUGGUGGUUGCAAUUCGUGCAAAAAAGCCAUCAUCAGUGUGGAAGCUACAGUCGAAAGCUGUCUUAAAGAAAAUGAACCAUGUCCCGAUGGUUACUAUAACGAAUGGGUUGGAAAUGUAAUACUAUUAGAGGGGAAAGUUAAAGUAGUGUGCCGAAAAUGUCACCCAUUGUGUAGGAAAUGCACCGGUUUUGGAAUACACGAACAAGUUUGCCAAGUUUGUAAUGGUUUUAAACGUGGGGAUCAAUGUGAAGAUGAAUGCCCUCCGGAUCAUUUCACUGACGAAGUAGACAGAAUUUGUUCACCAUGUCACCCAGAAUGUCGUGGUUGUACCGGACUUACAUCGACAGAUUGCAUAAAAUGUGAUAAUCUGAAAAUAUUUUUAACUGACACUAAUACUGGACCAUUUAAUUGCACUGCUAUAUGUCCCGAAGACUUUCCACAUAAAAUAUAUUUUGAUGAACUGCACCAAAACCCAAUUGAAGAACCAUACUGUUCAGCCCUAGCAAAUGGCCCGCCAUCUAUGUCAACCGCGAAAAUACCAACCGUUUUAGUAAUAAUAUUAGUUUUGGCAGUUAUUUUUUUAAUAAUCCUAGCCAUGAUCGGAUAUACAUGUCGACAGAAAGCAAAAGCCAAAAAGGAAGCGGUAAAAAUGACUAUGGUUUUGACAGGCUGUGAAGAUAACGAACCUCUUCGACCAACUAAUGUGAAACCAAACCUCGCAAAACUGAGAAUAGUUAAAGAAGCGGAAUUGCGAAGGGGUGGUAUGCUAGGAUUUGGUGCCUUUGGCAAAGUUUAUAAAGGUGUCUGGGUACCAGAAGGUGAAAAUGUAAAAAUUCCAGUCGCGAUAAAAAUAUUAAAGGAAUCAACAGGAGCAAACACAAGUAAAGAAUUUUUGGAAGAAGCGUACAUAAUGGCUAGUGUUGAACAUCCCAACUUAUUGCAAUUACUUGCGGUAUGCAUGACAAACCAAAUGAUGCUGAUUACACAGUUAAUGCCUUUAGGGUGCUUAUUGGAUUAUGUACGAACUCAUAAAGAAAAAAUUGGAUCGAAAGCCUUCUUGAAUUGGUGCACCCAAAUAGCUCGUGGAAUGGCUUAUUUAGAAGAAAAGAGGCUGGUUCAUAGAGAUCUUGCGGCACGAAAUGUCUUAGUGCAAACACCAAAUUGUGUAAAAAUAACUGAUUUUGGAUUAGCCAAAUUACUAGACAUUAAUGAAGACGAGUAUAAAGCUGCGGGUGGUAAGAUGCCCAUUAAAUGGUUAGCAUUAGAAUGUGUACAGCACCGAAUUUUCACACAUAAAAGUGACGUGUGGGCUUUUGGUGUUACUAUAUGGGAAAUUUUAAGCUAUGGUGCAAGGCCCUAUGCCAAUAUAUCAGCCCGAAAUGUACCUGAACUGAUUGAAAAUGGGUUAAAACUUCCUCAACCAGCAAUCUGUACUCUUGACAUCUACUGUAUUAUGGUCUCCUGCUGGAUGUUGGAUGCCGAUAGCCGUCCCACUUUUAAACAAUUGGCAGAUACAUUCGCCGAUAUGGCUAGGGAUCCUGGACGGUACCUUGUCAUUCCCGGCGACAAGUUUAUGCGUCUACCAUCCUAUUCUACCCAGGACGAAAAAGAAUUAAUAAAGAACCUAUCGUCGGCAAUGGACGGACCAGAGCCUUUAGUAGAAGCUGAUGAAUACUUACAACCAAAGUUUAAAAAUUUGCCCGGCACUGCUACAACUGCUUCUGUUGUUACGGCUGGUGUAGAGACUCAUACAGGAUCAUUAAAACCAGGCGCCUCGACAUCAUGGACUAAUAAUGGGCCCAGAGUAGAAGGUGCUACUAAUGACAGUGCCAACAAACCUGAAACUUGGGAUCAAGAUUUAUUAAGAUAUAACAACACAAACAGUAAAUCAGAUGAUUCGGAUACUCGUCAUUAUUACAAUAACGGUGUUUGUGCUUCUGAGAGCUCCAGUUCCAGAUAUUGUAGUGAUCCUAUGAAAUCUAGGCCUGAUGAAGAAAAUAAAUUCGACAGUAUGUCGAAAACAAAAGAGGCACAAGUUGGAAAUCUAAAACUUAAUUUGCCACUUGACGAGGAUGAUUAUUUAAUGCCUUCUCCUCAACACACUCAAAACGCUUCCACCUACAUGGACUUAAUAGGCGAAAGUGGGGAAGGACAGGAUAUAAAGGAUUUGUGUUAUGGUGGUUAUGUGGCGUCAAAGAGAUGUGUGGACAAUCCGGAAUAUUUAAUGUCAGACCAAAGUGUUCCAGCACAGACAAUUGGAAUACCCACAGAACCUUUACCUCUAGAGUGUGCCAGCGAGUGUAGUGGCAGUGAUUCAACACCGCAGCCUACAACGAGCAAAUAUCAACCCCAAAGAUCUGUCGAAGAAGAGUCAAUGUCUGAUCACGAAUACUAUAAUGACUUGCAACGGGAGCUCCAACCAUUGCGCCGUAAUGAAACAACUGUAUAAAGCGUAGAAUUUUUAAACAAUUUAGGUUUUACUUGUUAAUAGAGUGAUCUCUUAUAAUUAUAUCUACUUAAUGCGUGCAAGCGCUCAGCGUGCCAUUUAUCAAUGGCUAGUGUUAAUUGUUGAUUUUUUUUUAAAUUUUUAUUUUUUAUAUUAGUAGUAUGUUAUGCCACAGUAUGAUAGUAAUAAAUCAACAUACAAUACCAGAAGUAGAACGACUAUUUUCGUUUUAUCGUGGUUGAUAAUUAAUAUCAAUCGAGAAAAGCGAAACAUCAGAGAAAGAUACACUUGAUCGGCGGUGUCGAUCUUCGUCACGGCAAUAACAAAUCACGAAUACGUUUUAAAGAUCACAACAUUUUGUGAGCACAUCAAAAGGAGCUAGUGUAAAUGAAAGAAGCGUGCUUUGCAAGUCAUUACUACGAAACUUUUCUUCUUUGUGAUCAGUGCUGCGAGUUGCGGAUAAAUGUGAAAAUUCAUAAUGUUGACCUAAAAGCGAACAGCGGUGGUUAUAAUCCACACUAAAAUGUGAGCCUGCUGUAGACACAGUAAAACAAGACAAUAUGGAUCAGAAAGGAAAGGAAGAUCAGAAAAAUAAAAUUAUCCUACCCCAUCCAUGUUAAUGGGUAUCUGUUAUUGAUUACCGCAAAUAUAGCAUAAAAAUCUACCGCUAUAAUAAGUAGAGUUACACCGGAGCUUCAUAGCACACAUGCAUACACCAUCUAAUUCGAAUUGUACAGCUUUGAACGUCCGAGACAAAAAGAUAUCUUCACUAGAAAUAUCUUAAUCCAAAAUGUACAAACAAUAGUUUAGCAGAUAGAACGAAUAGUUAUAAGAGAUUAUUAAAGAUCAGUGCCACCCCGGAACAGAGUGCUAAUUAAAUUGAUGGAAUAAAUCUACACAAAAACAACGUCUGUGGAUAUGGGAUAUUUUGGCAGCGCUAAUGAAUGAAUUGUAUAACGAGUCUACCAUCAUUUUUCGCUUAGGAAUAGUUCUUCUAUGUAGAAAAGUCGUCAAUUAUGUUACUUGUAACACUGGUUUGUAAUAAAUGGCGAAACAAGACGAAGAAACAACGACAUAACAUCUUUAUAAGACUAAAGAGACCAAUCUGAGUGCCAUACAAAUACGUCAAGGGGCUCUAAUAUAUGCAUUCAUUACUAAGUGUGAGCAGAGCGAGUGAAAAAGUGUGUUUUACAAACUCACGUCACCUAAAUUAUUGGAAAUACACAUGUUGUGACAAAUUGUUAAUGUACAUCAACGUUCUUCAUAAACGAAACGAUAUUCUGAAAUAAUCUUUGGACGCAUUUGUUUAAAAUAUCCGAAUUAGAAAGAAACGUGAUUACAUAGGCCCGAUGAAUAAUUCGUCAUCAUGUCCUUUUAACGCAUAUUUAACUUAACCGAGAAUGAAUCUUUGUUGUUAACUGUUAUGAACUGUAAUUUGUAGAUACAUAUAUAAUUUUAUUAAGUAUGCUAAUAGGAAAUAAAACAAAAUAUUAUUUAUUAAUAAUAGGUUAAGAAAGGCUAUGUUUAUGUUUCAAAGUAUAGGUUUAAGCAAAAAUAUUUUAAUAAAAGCUGUGAUAAUUAGAUUAAUAUUUAGUAGAUAUAAAUUUGUUACUUAAGUCAUGGAAUCGGUUUUCGGUGAAGAUUGCCAUUAAAGACAAUAUAAUUCAAUUUAUAUAAUUACUAAACAGUAAAGUUUAGAUUACAAUGCAAUUAUUAUGUUUAAAAUGUGGUGAUUGUAGAUAAGUUAAUCAACUAAAGCAAUUUCAUUUAAUAUGACUAUUUGUCAUAGAAAUAGUGUAUUGCUUAUGAAUUUGUAUUUUUGUUCUAUAGGCCAUACGAUGAGCACUCAUGCUAGGCAUUAUGUAUAUGCAAAUGUGAUUUCAUGACUUCUUGGUGCAGCUUCGUUUUGGCCGCUUUAUAAAAUCACCAUUUAUAAAAUGUACUUUGUAAUCAACAGUGUUUAUUGUUUACAUGCCAAGCUUGCACAACAUUUUCAAAAUGCGUACCUAUACAAUUGUACGCAGAUACCGUGCCACUGUUAAUAUUAUAUAUACGUUUUCAAAAUUAGAAUCCUGGUAGCUCUUAAGUUUGUAAAUAUGUCUAUAGCACAAGAAAUAAAGAUUUUAUACAGAGAAUUUUAAAAAUAUGUAUUUAUGGCUGAACAUAAAUAACACUACGAUAAGAAUCGAUGAGCAUUGUCUACAGCGCAAACCAAGCUCAAUUUGUAUCCAAGUGACAACUGACAAUAUAUUUUAUUAGCUAUUUAUAAGGUUUUAUUAAACCAAACCUCGAUUGCCAUGUAACUUGUAGAUAUAGGUCAUAAAAAUAUUUUAUGAAGUAUAAAUAAUGCGUGACUGAACCCUUGAAGUCACAAAUAUAUCCCAUUUAAAUAUAUAAAUUAAUUUUUGUGCCAUUAUGUACACAUAGAUUUAUAUAAUAUAUCUGUGUUCAAAAUAUGCAAGCUUGCCUACUUAACCGCAAUUCUAGACAAUGAAAUUGAUUUCUGUUACAGAUAAAACAAUAGCUUACAUGGCUGAUUCAUAAAUGUAUUAGAAAACGUGGAUACUGUAUACCUUAAUAAAUAAUAAAAAAUAUAAUCUUUUUUUGUGUUUCACCUCAUACAGAACUACAUUAGAACAAAAUUGACUGUGCAAAUGAUAAAUAGAUUUGUUUGCGUAUACGUGGUCAAA